AAGUUCACUAAAGAUAGGCGGGUCCAUCACCUCCCGUGAUGCUUUGCACUUGGGUAUUUUGGCCCUUGCGAGGUUCCGUAGUACAUCGCGCUGGUCUUGAUUACUGGACGUUUUCUGUGAAGGUCGUGCAUCAAAAGAUCAAUCAGCAUGUCUCUUCCUAAGCCUCAGAUGAGAGGUCUCCUCGCAAAAAGGUUGAGGUUUCAUCUGCCCAUUGCUUUUGGGUUGGCUCUGUUUGCAGCGGCUACAUUCAAGUUCACAGUCACAGAGCCACGGAAACAGGCUUAUGCUGACUUUUACAAGCAGUAUGAUGCCAUGAAGGAGUUUAACAGUAUGAAGGAGGCUGGGGUUUUUGAGAGUGUAAGGCCCUCUGGUGAAUAGAUUGAUGGUGCUUCAGUCUCUGCACUUCAGUUUUUUUCCUGCUCCUUACUGGAUGUUAAAUAUAUUAUAAACAUACAAAUAAACCAUUGUCAACUUCUGUACCUGUGCAGUAAUUUCUUAAGCCAGUAAAAAUGUCUUUUUACCCAC